CCCAUCUUCCCGCGGGCCCCCGCGCUCCGGCGCCCUUCACCAUGGACUUGCUUGGAGUUGGGACGGGUCAGGGCAGUCGUCCGCGGUCGGCCGCCCGGCCCUGGGGGUUUGCGGGUGCGCGCUCGGCGAUGGCGAGGUAGGAUGGCGGCCCCGCGCGAGCCCCGCCGGCCGAGCGCAGUGGUCCCCGGGCGGUGCCGCUGACUGUCGGAGCGGAGCGCACCACACAGGGUGUGGGUGGAGGCCGCCCGGCCGCGCCCGCCCUCGCCCGGCGCUCGGCCUCUCUCACCCCACUCACUCACACCUGCCCCCCGGGCCGCCACCAUGUCGAAGGCGGCCGGAGGCGCAGCGGCGGCGGCGGAGAGUUGUCCCUCAGCCCUGGCGGCGGGCUCCUCCUCCUCCGCCGCCGCCGCCGCCGUGGAGGAUCUGUCCAAAGUGUCGGACGAGGAGCUGCUGCAGUGGAGCAAGGAGGAGCUGAUCCGCAGCCUGCGGCGCGCCGAGGCCGAGAAGGUGAGCGCGAUGCUGGACCAUAGCAACCUCAUCCGAGAGGUGAACCGCCGCCUGCAGCUGCACCUCGGCGAGAUCCGUGGUCUCAAGGAUAUCAACCAGAAACUCCAGGAGGACAACCAGGAGUUGAGGGACCUCUGCUGUUUCCUGGAUGAUGACCGGCAGAAAGGCAAGAGGGUGUCCCGGGAGUGGCAGAGACUCGGCCGCUACACAGCUGGGGUGAUGCACAAGGAAGUAGCUUUGUACCUGCAGAAGCUGAAGGAGCUGGAGGUGAAGCAGGAGGAAGUGGUGAAGGAGAACAUGGAGCUCAAGGAGCUCUGCGUGCUGCUGGAUGAGGAGAAAGGGGCCGGCUGUGCAGGCAGCCGCUGCUCCAUCGACAGCCAGGCCAGUUUGUGCCAACUGACAGCCUCUUCUGCCCCAUAUGUGCGGGAUGUGGGGGACGGCAGUAGCACCUCCAGCACUGGCAGCACUGACAGCCCUGACCACCACAAGCACCAUGCAAGUGGUGGCAGCCCUGAGCACCUGCAGAAGCCCAGGGCCGAGGGCAGCCCUGAGCACUCCAAACACAGGAGUGCAAGCCCUGAACAUUUGCAAAAACCCAGGGCCUCUGGCACCCCAGAUCACCCCAAAGCACUCAAAGGACCUAGCCCUGAGCAUCAUAAGCCCUUAUGCAAGGGUAGCCCUGAACAGCAAAGGCACCCACACCCAGGGAGCAGCCCUGAAAUGCUGCCAAAGCACAUGUUGAGUGGAAGCCCAGAACAUUUCCAGAAGCACAGGCCUGGGGGCAGCCCGGAACAUGCCAGGCACAGCGGAGGGAGCCCCGAGCACCUUCAGAAACAUGCGCUUAGUGGGAGCCUGGAGCACCUGCCCCGACCCAGGGGUACCAGCCCUGAGCACCUCAAACAGCAUUAUGGGGGGAGCCCAGAUCACAAACAUGGAGGAGGAGGAGGUGGUGGAGGCAGCGGUGGAGGCAGCAGGGAGGGCACCCUCAGACGGCAGGCACAAGAGGACACGUCCCCCCAUCAUCGGAAUGUCUACAGUGGCAUGAAUGAAUCAACCUUGUCCUAUGUUAGGCAGCUGGAGGCAAGAGUAAGACAGCUGGAAGAAGAAAAUCGCAUGCUGCCCCAGGCCACCCAGAAUAGAAGGCAACCUCCAACUAGAAACAGCUCAAAUAUGGAGAAAGGCUGGGGGCCCAGAGCCCGGCGGGUCUUGCAGUGGUGGCAAGGGUGCCGAGGAAUAGGACGCUGCCUGCCCACUCUCCCGGGUUCUUUUAGGUUGUCAUCAGGGGCUGAAGGGAGUAACAGUUCACCCAACUCUCCAGCUAGCUUCAGUGGACAUACCACACCUGCUCAGCAGCCUGAACCUGUGGUACAUUCUCUUAAGGUCUUGGAUGUUCAGGAAACUAUAGAUCGUCCACAGGGUAAAGAGUAUGAACAUGACCUUAGUGAGACAGAAAAAGCUAUAGUCAGAGAAAUGUGCAAUGUUGUGUGGAGGAAACUUGGAGAUGCUGCAGGUUCGUGUCCUGGAAUUAGGCAACAUUUGUCAGGCAACCAGUACAAAGGACCAAUGUGAGGAUCACUCUUUUUUCAGACAUAAGAUCAACACUGCCAGAGAAAACAUAAAAGAAGAACGAAAAGUAAAGAGUGUAUUUCCAUAAACCUGGAUUCAUGGAAUGAUUGUACAUUGCACAUAUUUCCCUUCUAUAACUUCCCCCAACAAGGUGAUAUUUUGUGUGUCUAACUUCAGUGUUCACAACAAGCAAUUCCAAACAAUGUAGAUUUGAAAAAAACUCACUGUUUCAGUAGUAUUGUUUUCCUUAGAGCUAAAGUGGUUUUAACUCCCCAGAUUAAGAUUGCAAUUGGGAAACCUGCAUGGUGGUUGUCAGCAUCCAAGAGGGCCUCAUUGGCUUUGAUAGAGCUGAGUCAUGGCAUCUCAGCAUGGGAACCUUUACCAUGGGGUGAGGACACAGGAAGAGACAUUUUCUAGCUUCCUGAGGGUGAGAGUUAGGAGAAUUCCUCUUUACCUCUUUCACUUCAGUAAAGGAAAUAUUAAUUCCUGAUGCAUACUUAAUAUGGAUGUGGGAGAAUAUUUGGUUUCUAGGAUUUUGUUUUGACUUUUAAGGUGCUAAAUAUACCACAUAAAUUGUUUUACCAGCUAGAAGGGUAGAAAGACUUUGUAAGUGCUCACCAGAGAGUAUCACUUAUUUCAGUUAGCAAAAUAAAUAGAUCUUUUCUGUUAAUCUUGAUGAUUGCUCAUAAAGGCACAUCUUGGGGACGUGUCAACCUCCAUACUCACUCAGUAUAUCAAUUUCAACUGACAAACAAGCAAACAUAAUUUUCUAAGUGUUUUGAGCUGUGAUAUCAAUUUCUACAACUUAGUUUUUAGACAUGCUGUAUGUUUAAUAAACUUCAUGUAAACUUUAAAAAUGUUGCACUGCAUUUAUGGUGGGGGGGAAGCUUUCUUUGUCUCCUGCAGCUAGCUAUCUAACCUUUUAUGAAACUAACGCAUGUCUUUCAUUAUUGAGGCUAAAAGCUCUUGUUCAGAUUGCUUGAGAGUUGAAAAAGAGGCGUGCUAGCUUUGCUUAGUUUAUUCCUUAUUUUGUGGUAGAGAUCUAUAAUAUUAGAAUGUGUGUAUCAGAAAUGCUAUGAUAGAUAUUUUGUGUUUCUCUAAAUGCCAUGGUAGUUUCUUGUAUGAAUGCGCAAGAGGCCUGUUGACAGAAUGCUACCUUUUUACUGAUGUUUAAGGUUAUAAAAGUAGGGAUGCAACAAUUCCCAUUUGGGGAGGUGGGUAUCUUCUAAGUCACAGAAAAUUAUCUUUAUUGUUGUUUCUAAAUAGGCUCAUUACAAUGUAUUAAUGGUCAUUAGUGGGAAAAUGUGAAGGAAUUUUGUAGUACUUAAAAGAAAAAAGGUUUAAUGAUGAAAAACUAGCCCUCUAUUUUCAGAUAAUUUUUGUGAGUUCAGUUACUAUAGAAUUAUCUCUUUCAGUAUCACAAUUGGGUUAGUUUAAGCCUUUCUUUUAAGAUGUUAUAUUUUUAAAUAUUAUUACUGUGUAAAAGAAAAUUGCUUGCUAUAUUUACACCUUCCCUCACAGAAGAGCUUUCAUCCUGAACUUGUUGCAUUCCUCCACCCAGAAGACAUUUGAAACAAGUGUUUGUGUGUGCAGCAGAGCCUGAAGAAGCUAAUUGGAGGGAUCCAUCUUUUGAGAAAAUACUUGUGUAAAUUUUGAUACUGUAUUAAAACUAUUUUUUUAAAGUUCCACCUAAAAUUGAGUAUUAAGUAUAUGUGUUCAUCUUAGCAAUGAUAAUAAAUUAUUUAAUCUCAAGUGGGUUUUUUUUUGUCUCCCUCCAAAUCUUUCCCCUUCACUGAGUAGAUUUCUUCUUGUCAUUAAUAUCAUCAUGCCUCUGUGUGAUUACUGCAAUGGUAACAGAGAUGAUCCACUA